AUGACGACUAUUCGACGAUUCAGCUGCAACGAUCUUCUCCGCUUCGCCUCCGUGAAUUUCGACCAUCUCACUGAAACUUUCAAUAUGUCAUUUUACAUGACCUAUUUGGCAAGAUGGCCCGAUUAUUUCCAUGUCGCUGAAGGUCCAGGCAACAAAAUUAUGGGUUACAUAAUGGGGAAAGUAGAAGGACAAGGCGAGUCUUGGCAUGGUCAUGUGACAGCAGUAACUGUGGCUACAGAAUACCGCAGGCAGCAGUUGGCUAAGAAACUUAUGAAUCUUUUGGAAGACAUCAGUGACAAGAUUGAUAAGGCGUAUUUUGUAGAUCUUUUUGUGAGAGCAUCAAAUACACCAGCCAUAAAGAUGUAUGAGAAGCUUGGGUAUGUAAUCUAUAGAAGGGUGCUGCGCUAUUAUUCAGGGGAAGAAGAUGGAUUAGAUAUGAGGAAAGCUUUAUCUCGGGAUGUUGAAAAGAAAUCCAUUAUCCCCCUCAAACGGCCAGUUACUCCAGAUGAAUUGGAGUAUGAUUAA